UUUUGUGCAAAGGAGUUAAUUGUUUAAACUCUCUCUAUAUGAUUGUGAUAAAUUGGAGAUCAUGGCUUGUUGGUUUUUGUGGAGAUAUUUCCAA